UUUUGCCCGUAAGCUCAGUAUCUCGUUUCUGGGCUUGGGCUGGAAGGGUGCGGUGUGGUGGAGUAAAGAAGAGGGAUGAAAUCCCUCCCCCCUCCGCCCCCUUUUGCUGCCGUCUCCUCCCCCUCGCGAGGUUCUGGGCUGCUACUUUAACUUUGCAACUCUAAACUUUUUUCCUGCCUUUUACCAGCAUGGGAGGAAACGUCACGUAGAGCGAGCGACAGGAGCCGAAGCCGAGGCAGAGAGCUGGGCAUUAGAUUUUUUUUUGCAUUUGUGUUUAUUUUCCUUGGCUUCCAAAGGGCAAAGGGCAGUGGGAAAGCGAGGCUUAAUUUCUGCAAGCAGCCUCCCUGUGUCCCGGGAUUUCGUUUUGGUUCGACAUGGGCAUACAGGAGAGCCCAGGGUCGAGAGGCUUCUUCGCCUCGCCGGCAAUCUUAUUGUAAAACCGCUCGCUGCCAGCUGUGGAUCUGCUUGUCUGGAAAGCCCGGAAAAAGCUAUCCGGGCCCUGGAACCGGGAUCCCCAGGUCCUGCUCUAACAUGCCAGUACUGGGGGUGGCCGAGGGGAGUCCCCUGCGCGAACCGCCGCCGCUCUCCUUGGAGCUCCCUCAGCGGAAGAGGCUCUUCCAGCCAGCAGCCCCCGAAGACCGAUGCAGCAGCCGCCCCGCUCCGGAGGGCGCCGGGGCUGCCUCGGGGAGCGAGCUUGGUCACUUCGAGAGACCCGCCAAAGGAGGAUGGUGCCGAACCUGCCAAGCCAAGUUGGCCGAGCUCAAGAGGCAAGCGGUGAAAUUGGCCGCAGGCUGCAACUCCCUGGCCCCGCCGGACCCACGAUUAUCAGCUUUAAUUUUUGACAAGCUUCAAGUGCCUGAAUACUUACAGAAACCCAGGGGUGAAGGGGAGAGCAGGUGUGAUAUUUGUGCAGCCCACCUGAACCAGCUGAAGCAGGAAGCCCUCCAGGUCAUCCACAGCCUCGACCAGAUCAGUUGCCAAGAGGCAGCAGACCCCCUGCAAAGUGCUGUGGCUGUAGCUGCUGUGCUGCCAAGGCUGACCUCCCAAAACGUGGUCACUGUGUCUUCGCAGAGGGACUUGUCUCUCGUGGCUGGGCAGGCGGGCAGGCAGGCGGGCAAAACUGCGAGCCUUUUCUCUGGGGCAGAGAAGAAGAAGGGAAUUGGGUGGCCGCAAGGUGCAGGAGGGUUCCCAAACUCCAGCGUUCAAGUGACUGUGGCUCCCAGUGGCCUUAGCGGAGCAUUGAGCUCAGUGACGAUCCAAGCUCAGCAGUACCUUGAGGGGAUGUGGAGUAUCUCCAGGAUGAACAGCUUUCUUCCUCAAGCUUGUCUAGAGGCAACAGCAGCAGAGUGUGGAAAGGACGGCUCCAAUAUUCAAGUCACCUCAGGGCAGAACAACUGUGAACAAACUGGGACUGGUGGGUCAUUGACUUCCCAGAGCCUGGUCACCCCUGCCGGCGUCUCUGCAGGUACUUCUGCUGCAGCAUCCUUCUUCAUAAGAGCCGCCCAGAAACUUAACCUGUCCUCGAAGAGAAAGAAGCAUCAUGCGCCUUUGCUACACUCCCAUGACUUCUCAGUCUAUGCCACUAAUUUUAGUGGCAUCCUGCGGAUGUGUCCUCCUCCAGCACCACCAUGCCUUUUAAGAGCUGUGUCGAAAGUCAAAGAAAAUCCAGGGAUUGGGAAGGUAAAAGUGAUGGUGAGAAUUUGCCCAUCACAAGGAACACACGACACAUCCGAAUCCAUGUCGUUUCUGAAGGUAGACCCGCGGAAAAAGCAGAUCACACUUUAUGACCCAACUGCAAGUAGUCCUUCCAAUGCUGGUCAUCGAAGAGGAGCUGUGGCCGUCCCAAAGAUGUUUGCCUUUGAUGCUGUAUUCCCCCAGGAUGCUUCCCAGGCUGAGGUUUGCUCCGGAACAGUUGCAGAAGUAAUCCAGUCCGUUGUGAAUGGUGCAGAUGGCUGCAUCUUUUGCUUUGGCCAUGUCAAGCUUGGCAAAUCCUACACAAUGAUUGGAAAAGAUAACUCCACCCAAAGCCUCGGUAUUGUUCCUUGUGCCAUCUCAUGGCUCUUCAAACUAAUCAAUGAGCGGAAGGAGAAGACUGGGACUCGUUUUUCGAUUCGAGUGUCUGCUGUGGAGAUCAGUGGCAAAGAUGAAAACCUUCAGGAUUUGUUAGCAGAAGUAGCCACCGGCAGUUUGCAAGACGGGCAGUCCCCGGGGGUCUAUCUGCGAGAGGAUCCAAUAUGCGGAACACAGCUUCAAAAUCAAAGUGAAUUAAGGGCCCCGACAGCAGAGAAAGCUGCUUUUUUCCUUGAUGCAGCACUGGCGGCCAGGAGCACUACCAAACCUGAGUGCAACGAAGAGGAUCGGAGGAAUUCACACAUGCUCUUCACCCUCCAUAUCUAUCAGUAUCGCAUGGAGAAAGGUGGCAAAGGGGGAAUGUCAGGAGGACGCAGCCGUUUACAUCUCAUUGACCUAGGAAGUUGUGAGAAGGUGUUAAGCAAGAGCCGAGAUGGAGGGGGUUCCCUCUGCCUGUCUCUGUCCGCCCUGGGCAGCGUCAUCCUGGCCUUAAUCAACGAUGCCAAACAUGUGCCAUACAAGGACAACAAACUGACCAUGCUGCUGAGAGAAUCCCUCGGAAACAUCAACUGCAGAACGACCAUGCUAGCUCACAUAUCCGAUUCCCCAGCAAAUUAUGCAGAAAGUCUCACGACAAUCCAGCUUGCCUCCCGUAUCCACAGGAUGAGGAAGAAGAAAUCAAAGUACGCAUCCAGCUCAUCUGGGGGUGAAAGUUCAUGUGAAGAGGGCCACAUACGAAGACCUCCUCACCUGAGACCAUUUCAUCCAAGGACUGUAGCUCUUGAUCCUGACAUUCCUGUACUGAACCUUUCCAGCGAGCCUGAUUAUUCCUCAAGCAGUGAACAAUCCUGCGACACUGUCAUCUAUGUGGGUCCCAAUGGUACCGCUUUGUCAGACCGGGAGUUGACGGAUAAUGAAGGUCCCCCAGAGUUUGUCCCCAUAAUCCCUUCCCUGAACAAGAAAAAAAGCAAGGACAACUUUGGUUUUGCGAAAAGCUCUGACAAAGACCAUUUUAAGUGCAACACUUUCGCAGAGUUGCAAGAACGGUUGGAAUGCAUUGAUGGAAGUGAGGAGCCUGCUAAAUUUCCUUGCGGGGAAGUCUCCACCAUGUCUUCCAGCAGCACCAUCCCAUUACGUAUAGAAAAUGGACAGCCCAAACCAAAACCAUCCUCUCCUCCUGGAGGAUUUAAAAAACCAACCUUGCAGGAAACGGGGCCUCCAAAAAAAGGGCACAACCUUUAUUUCCAACGCAGUGGCAACUGCUCCGAGAAGAAGAUACCUCCUGUAAAGAUGGAACAUGCGAAACAGCAAGCCAAGUCUGAAGGCAAGAGAGUGGACUCAGAUGGAGAGAAAGAGGCAGUGACUGAAUCCUACCAGUUACCAGCUGGUAAUGCUGCUAGAGGUCAAGAGCAAAGUCAAUCCAUUGCUGAACCCGUUGUAAAAGAAAAAUCCUUGUAUGCAAAGAGGCAGUUGCCCAGCCCUGCACCCCCACCCCCUCAGCAGCAGGGGUCUCCACUGAAGGCCAAACAACCAUAUGUGAAGUUUGACCACAGUAAUGCAAUCAGGACACCUCCCAUAGGAAUGAGUAAGCAAGUGGGUAGUGAAACUGAAUCUAACCCAGAAGGGAGCACCUUUUCGGCAACCAAGAACACAGAGCACCAAGGAGACAGUAUAGAAGUACAUAGGUUCAGGUCAUCUUUCCAAGGCAAAUGCUUUGACCGGGAUAUCCUGACGACGACAGUGACUUUGCAGCAGCCUGUGGAGCUCAAUGGUGAGGAUGAACUUGUCUUUACGGUGGUUGAGGAAUUGUCCAUCAGCGGGAUCUUGGACAAUGGAAGGCCUGCCAGCAUUAUCAGCUUUAACAGUGAUUGCUCACUGCAGGCCCUUGCAUCUGGCUCUAGGCCCGUUAGUAUCAUUAGCAGUAUAAAUGAUGAGUUUGAUGCUUACACCUCUCAGGCUAGUGCCACCGGUGUCAACAUUGAUAUUGUUGUGCCCUUUGCUGAGGACCCAUUCUCAAGCAGUAGCAGACGUUCCUCCAUCAGCUCAUGGCUAAGCGAAGUGAGCAUCUGUACGAUUCAAAGCGAUGGAAGCCGAUGCGGUGAUGGUUUUCUUGCACAGUCCUCUUACAGCUGUAGCAAGUCUAAGGAGCCAUUUAACAUAGGUUCUCCGAGUACUCCUGUUCCCUUGAAAGCCACCCUCAAUGACAGUGGCUUUUGCUUUUCAGAGCUGGAGAGCAAGAGCAUGAUUUCAAGCAAAACAUCGCCAGAUGUCAACAGAAGUCUUCAAAACUCCGACGUAACCAAAGCAUCUCAGACAGAAAGUGCUCUUUGCAUCACCGAUCAGCCAACAAAAGUUAGGCCUUCCAACUCUCAAAACACACUUGUGAUAGAAACAAUACACUCCAGUCUUCCUCGUAGAACAAAAGCUACCUCGUCUUCGACUCACAACAACAACACCCUCAGUUAUAAAGAACUACAAAAGCCACAUGUGAUGUUUGAAGAUCCUUGGCUAGUUCGAGUAGAUGAUCAUUUGGAACCAAGUACUGUAGACUUGUUGACUUCUCCAAAUUCUUACACGUUCAGUACUGAGAAGCAGUCAGUGAAGACCACCACCCAGCAAUUUGGUGGCUCGGCUAGGCCAACAAAAUCCCAGACAAUGCUUGCAUGCUCACAGAGGAUUGUGGAUGGUUGCGAAAUGGUUUGCAAACCUUCCAGCGGAGCUGCUAAAAAAUCUGAAGCCAUCACAAAAAUGCCACAGCUCAAAAGAGGCGCCACCACACUGGGUGUGGUUCCUGUGUCAUACAGCAGUGGUGCAGCUGCAGAAGGUACAAGCAGGGGAAGUUCUGAAGCUGGUUUUGCCACCGGCAGCCUGAAAAAGAAAACUGGACAGCAAAAAUCUAGCAUGUUACCCCGACCAAGUGGGACAAUACCUCCAGCACCCCCAGUGCGCAAAUCAAGCCUUGAGCAGAAAAAUGGCAGCAUACCAAACAAUGGGGGGAAAGUUGCAGGAUUGGACCUUGCUAGGGUCACUACAGAAAAGAAUGAGGAUGAGGUCGAUUUGAGACUGAGAGCUGGAUCAUGUGCUGCCGAUAAUGUAAGCAGCAGAGGCAAUCUCAAGGGAGACCACUCUUUGCCAAAAGCAACCUCAAGUUUGAAAGCAAAGGCAUCAAAAAAUGAAGCCGUCCAUCGGUAUGGGAGCCACAUGUCCCUGGAAAGGUGUGACAGCCUGAUGUCUGUGGGAUCCAAGGCCAACCUGAAUAGGGAAAAUGGCAGUGGCAGUAUUAGCAAUGGCAGAAAUGGUCGGUUGGUCCCAAGGCUGGGAGUUCCUCCUGUCGCAUCUAGCCUGACAUCGCCUCCGUCAUACACACCUUUUCCUAGCAAAAAUAGUCAGGCAAAAAGUGCUGCAACCCAGAAGGCUCCAGCCAGUGGGAAUAAGAGCCGCAGCCUUUCAGCCAGUGGGUCCAAGUCUUUGAGCUCCUCUGUGAAAUCAUUAGCUCAGUCUGUUGGGAAGACCUCUAGCAUUCCCUUGAGUGGGAAAGCAACCCCACGCUCUGUGCAAGGGGUAAGCAGCAAACCUGGCCGAGGAACCAUUAUGGGAACUAAGCAGGCCAUCAGGGCAGCCAACAGUCGUGUUAAUGAGUUGGCAUCGGGCAGUUCAGUCAAGGUGAGCCAUUUCCGGGUCUCAACAGACUCAGAUAGCGGCAAUGACAGUGGAAUCAAUCUGAGUGAUGAGAAGUCACAGAUCCUGGCGCUGCCAUCUCCGUACAGCAAGAUAACUGCCCCAAGGCGGCCUCAGCGCUAUAGCAGUGGGCAUGGGAGCGAUAAUAGCAGUGUCCUGAGUGGGGAGUUGCCACCAGCAAUGGGCCGAACGGCUCUUUUUUAUCACAGUGGUGGCAGCAGUGGCUAUGAAAGUAUGAUCCGUGACAGCGAAGCCACUGGCAGUGCAUCCUCUGCACGUGAUUCCAUGAGCGAAAGUGGGAUGUCUUCACCAGGUCGCAUGAGGAGUUUGAAAUCCCCAAAGAAAAGAUCAACAGGUUUCCAGCGCCGUCGACUGAUCCCAGCUCCUCUUCCUGAUUCUGCGUCCCUAGGGAGAAAGCAGAGUGUCACCGGCCAGUGGGUUGAUCUACCACCCUUGCCGGGCACUUUGAAAGAGCCAUUUGAAAUUAAAGUUUAUGAGAUUGAUGAUGUGGAGCGAUUACAGCGGCACAGACAAGAAGAAACGGAGGUCAGCACAUAUUUUACGCCGUUCCAGGAUGUUGAAAAGGGUCUGAUAUAUUUUAACACCAAGCUGAAGAUCCUGGAGAGGCGCCACCAGCGGAUUAGAGAAGUGAAAGCAAAGCACGAAUCCUUGAAAGAUGAGUUGGAGGAAACAAAGUGUAGGUUGAUGUUGGAUCCAAGCAAGUGGAAAGGAGAGUUUGAGGUUGACCAUGGUCUUGAUAAGGAAUCACAAGAUUAUCUGGAGGCAUUGGAACAAGUGACUGAUGAACUGGAGCAGUGUGUGAAUCUGUGCAAGUCACAUGUCAUGAUAGUCACCUGCUUUGAUAUUGGGAUGACCUCUGACACCCAGGAUGGAGCACGGGAAGUGGAAGUUUGAAGGUGAUUUGCAAAGAGACUUUGAGGAGAUAGAGCCAAACUUUCAAAAGAUAGAGUGGUGGUUGAAAUACAUGUGUUGGAAAGCGGAGGUGGAAACACGAAGACUCGACGUGACAAAGAAUGUUGUCAAAGCCUGGAGGAAUUAGAAUGUUCUAAACCUUUAUGGUGCCUCAGCAACCUAUGAAAUGUACAAAGAUCAACCUGAUUUUCUAGUAGAGGAAAGCAGAACAAAAUCUAUUAAGAAACAACUCUGAAAAACGGAAGUGCCUUUUUACUGUUCAUUGUUGACUUGUUUUCUGGAUUUUGUAUUUGUUGCUAGAAUUGAAACCAGCAAAUCUAAACAGACCAUAAAAUGUAUUCCUAUGAAAUAUUUUAUACUGUAUAGUGUAAUUUAUGACUAUAUGUAAAAACAAAAAUUGUAGCAAAAGCAAUAAGUAAAUUAUGUUUUUCAUACCUGAAUUUGCCUCCUUGUUUCAUGGAAAAGCUGGUUUAUGUAGCAGAACAAAAAAAAAUUGUAUUAUAAUUGCUUUUUCAUGGUUUAGGAUUUGAGAUAUUUUUAUGAACAUUUAUCUAUUGGAAAGGUGUAUAAUUCCAGAGAACCUGGUUUGUAUUCAUUUUUUGUACUCUUCCUUUUUCAGAUCACGAUGGACAUGUUUUAUUCCAUGUUUUGUAUACAAAUAUUAGGGCUGAAAUGUUUGGUUACUUAAUCGGUUAAAUGAAUCGAUUAAAAACCUUACAAUUGAUUUAAAAAGGUGCCUCCUGAUCAAUUGAAUAUUUGUAAAAUAUUGUUUAAACUUGUUUUGAAUACAGAUACAUAGCAAAAAAUUAGGAUGGCAGACAUCCUCAUAGAAAAGAUUCUCCCUGUUCUCUCUCAGCCAGGCAAAAAUUCCUCUUCUAAAGGGAGCACUUGCUACAAGUUUGCAUAACUUUUUAAACAAAGAAGAUAUGUCCCCCCAGAACUCUUGUUUUAUUUGUAUGCAGAUAUACAUAGUUUUAGCCCUUUAAUUGUUUGAUUAAUGGUCUAAAAAUACUCAGUUAAUCAGUUUAAGAUUUCUUUAAUCAGUCCUAAUAGAUAUAUUUAACUGUUUAACUACUUCCAUGGGCUGUAUUCCUAAAACUGCUUUGUCCAGAGUGGCCCAAUUGGGAUUACAUGUCACUAGGUGUACUUGGGAAGAGUGAAGCAAGCGUAAGCAGUAAGAGCCUUGGUAACCAAGGGCCAACCUAUAUACAUUAUUAUAUGCAUUAAACACCUUCAUUAAAAUCUCAGCUUUCCAGUCAAAGCCAUUUGGGGAUUGGGUGAUUUUCAGCAGGGAAGCAGUGAUAGGGAGAGGGUGCUUAACCCCUUACCCACCUGUUGCUUUUCCUCUCCCUCAGGAAGAGGAGUUAAAUCAGAGAAGCAACAGGAGGAUGUGGGUUAAGCACUCUAUUCAGCCAUUUUUUUGCUGAAAAUUUCAUCAAAGUGUCUUUAAAAGAAAACGGCUACAAGGGCAUUUAUACAGGCGUUCCUGUGUGACAUGUAGGCCACAUUCACACGGUACAUUUAUUCCACUAUUAUUCCACUUUGAACAGUCAUGGCUUCCCCUCAAGAAUCUUGGGAAAUGUAGUUGUGAAGGGUGCUGAGAACUGUUAGAAGACUAUUCUCACAGAGCUACAAUUCCCCGAGUGGUUUAACAGCCAGUCUCUCUUCCCAGAAAACUCUAGGAAUUGUAACUCUGUGAGGGAAAUAGGAGUCUCUUAACAACUCUCUGCACCUUUCACAAGCUACCCUUCCCAAGAUUCUUUGGGGGAAGCCAUGACUGUUUAAAGUGGAAUAAUCGUGGAAUAAAUGUAUGGUGUCAAUGCGGUUGUAGUUGGGCCCUAACUUUGAUAAAUGACCUCAUUCAUCACUGACCCCCUUCUUUUCUAAAAUUCCUUAACCCAGGGGCUGGCAUCAUAUGGCCUACACACACACACUGUAUCAGUCCCAGGAAGAUUUUUCAUUAGAAAAGCUCCACCCCACCCCCCAAAAUGACAACCCUUCCGCAUGGUAUGGGGUGCCUGGUGGCUGCAUGGCCAGGGAUGUAAAGCCUUCUUGAGUUGGGUAUGGAUUUAAAGUUGCCAAUGCCUGCCUUAAUGUAUUCUAACCUGAAGAAGUCUGUAAACAACACUGUGGCUUUUCUCUCUCUAUUUUUCUCUUUCUGAGUGCAGGAAUUAUGUUUAUUACCAAAAUCACAAGGAAGUGGGGUAAAAAUGUUUCUUUUUUUCUUUUUUAAAGUAAAUAUUAAGUUAGUUCCAUAUUUUUGUAUAGUUUUGACAAUAAAUAUAGUAUUUGCAUUUUAUGAACGUUUUAUGAAAGGCAAAUAUAACUUUUUACAGUUUUUCUAAGGAAGGCAAACUCUCAGGAUUCUUUAUACAUGCUGCAUGAAUCUUGUGCUUUUUUUGAAGGAAACCACUUUUAAGGUGGAGACUGUUGAUAAACUGUUGCCAAACAAAAUUAACUUUCGAAAUGGUUUGAUAGUGUAUGUAAUAAUCGCAUUUCAUAAGGAACCAUAUUUUCUGAUCAUCUUCUUUGUACGGGGUUGGUUUUUUUCACCCAAAAUCCUUUGUAUAAAUGUAUACUAUAAUGGCUUGCUUCAGCUUUUC